AAGGAACUUGAUCACGUGUCUACGCGAACGCAGGAUACAGUUUAUGUGUUUUACGUGAAAGCGGAACAAACAGACACACAUGAAAUCAUAGAAAACAAGGCCAGUAUAAUAUCUGUCAUAAUUACUGGAAUGAACGAACCUUAUUAGUGAUAUUCGACGCAAAAUGUCCUCAUGAAUAGCAUUCACCGACGAUUCUGUCAAAUAUGAAGUUAUAUGAAAAUAACGAACGACCCAGCCUGUCACUGGCGUUCUAAUUAAACAACAUUUGUCAGUACUUAAGAGAGACGCGCCAGUUAGAAACAAAAUAAGAAAAAAUGACGGAGCAUCUUAAAGAGUAGGGAAUGCCGUUUGCACGAAAAAUGUUUGCAAACACUUGACAUGGACUAAUGUGUUGCACUGUUGUUGUCCUUUAUGUUGUAUAACUCUAUAACAAACACGAGAUAAUUGUGGCUCUAUUACGACCUUGUCUUCCCGUCUUUGUCGGGUCAUGGUGAAUUGAAGAUUAUAAAAUAACUAAGAUAGUACGCGCGUUCUGAUUGGUUAAAAACCUAUGGUUCAUUGUGCCGGUAAACUCAUAGAAAUCUGAAACAUGUUUUAAAGUUAUUCUAUAAAAGCAUUAGACCACACUUUCUAUGGGUUUCCCGGCGUGAUGACCCACUUAGGAUGUUGGGAGAACAUUCGAAAAGCUUGUAAGUCACUCGCCUUCGGCUCGUGAUUUAUAAGCUUUUCUCGUGUUCUCCCAACAUCCCGCGUGGGUUAUCACGCCGGUAAACCCAUAGAAAGUGUGGUCUAUUGCUUAAUUAAACUUAAAGUACAUUAUGUAUAAAAUAGAUUCUCAUAUAAUUUUUCAAUCAUUUCCUUGUAUUCCCAACAGAUUGGUUCGGGUAAGCACUCCAAGGCAUUCCGUGAGUUUCUACUCUCCUUAGGAUGGCUGGUCGAUAUAGACUCGCACUCGGGCUGGUCAGGGAACAUUACGCAGUGUUGGAGCAGAGGCAGUAGUGUAUCUACCUUGCGCCCUGCGGAGUCCAGCUAUUUACAGUCCUCUCAUAGCGUGUCAACUCUCACGGGCAGCGAAGAACAGGAGGUGUCUGGGAGCGACAGCGAUCGAUAUGCGUCUUGUCGCGAGAGUUUCGAUAGUGACGCAUCGCCGAGCAGCGGGAAGGAUUCUCCAGCCAUGAAUUCUUCUCCUUCUCAUCCUCCCAUUGAAACCAAGCUGGUUGAUGAGAUUCUUUACUACGCAGAUGUAAGCUGUGAAGUUGCGUUUAUCAUGCCGUCCCUCCUGCCGCGGUAUCAGAAGUUUCGGUGCAUAGCAGAACAGCUGGAGAGCUUUAAGGAGGAAGUAGAGCCUAUGCCGCGAAGAAGGACUCGGUCAGGUAGCACUGGGAGCCUGGAAGGAAGUAGUAUUGGGAGCCAGUUGGAUAUCAAAAGCAAGAUAUCCCGUCAGGCCUCCGAAGGGAUGACUAUACACGAGGUAUAUGAGAGCCAGUGAUACUUUACCUUACUUAUAUUAACUACUUGUCAUUGUAGAAAGAAGCAAUGGGGAGGAAGUCAAUGCGCCAUUUGCACGAUGGCGACAUUUUACUACUACGACCAGAAUCCUUUACGUUUUUCCUUUCAUAUUUAAAUUUGGUAAUCCCAGCGAGGUUUACAAAACAAAAGCAUUUAUUUGCACAAGAAAGCAAAACCCUGAAGGAUUCGUGUCGUAGUAGUAAAAUGACGCCCACGUGCAAAUGGCCUAUUGUCAGUGUCGUUCCAUUACAUUAUAUUAGCGCAAAAAGUAAUUUAUGUAAAUGAAAUUCCCUUCCAAAAAGCGGGGCGAAGUUAAGGACUUGCUCUGUCCAUAAACUAACAGAAGGUUUUGUAAACAGUUUAGCUGAUGCUAGUAUUAUUUUAAAGUUAAAGUCAAUUAUCCGCGAAACUAACCCGAAAAAAUCCAGCCAAUAGCGAUAAUUCGCAUUAACGUAAUAUGCCAACCACCGGUACUUUUGCUCCUUGGACAAAAACAAAAAAAUCGCACUUUAUUUGAGUGUGAAUGCAUUUAGCAUAAAACUAUUCAUUUAGGACACCGCUAUGUUUACGUCUCCCAAUGGAGACGGGACCGCCAUUUAACGUGGCCAUCCAAGCCACGUGAAGGUCUGGCCGUCUGCAGGGCAAAGACAGUAUCUUUAUUGCUCAGUUAUUUUAUGACCCUGAGAGCUGGUUCGAUCCCCGGGAUUCGAACCCGUGACCUCCCGCCCUGCAGUCAAGCGUUGUACCGACUGAACUAGUCCUGUCGCGGUGAAAGGGUUAUUAUCGUUUAAGUCAACGCCAAGACGCUUUCUCUGGUUUCAGAACCGUGCCGCCAUGUCGCGUCUUGGUAACGAACUCUCACUAGAGAGUCGACCGCUGUCCAGGUUGAGCACGCACAACACCUCGUCCGAGACAAACGUAGUGGUGACCUGGCUCGAGCGGUUUGAAGAUCAUGCCCAGUUCCCUGUGGACGAGCUGGUGAUGGAAUUUGAUCUCAGUCAGAAUGUGGGACACAGCUUGCGUGAGAAAGACACCGUGGUUAUUUUUAUACAUCACCUGAGAAGUGGGCUAUACCGCAUCCAUAUCAGGUCCACAAUCAGGUACAUCAGUCUUACCUCGUUUUUACUUUUACCUUGUAAGUUUUUCUUAAGGACGACAGCCUUGCAAAAUACCGUGAUAUUAUUCAUAAAGCCUACAUUAUUCAGUCAUGUUUGUUAACUUUGUGUGUUUUUGCCAGCCCGCCUUAAUCUAAAGAUAAUUGGUCAUUUUUUUAGGUCCUCUAUUGGUGGGCCCUUGGUGGACGGUAUGGUAGUGAGCCGCAGGACACUGGGCACCAUGGUACGGCAGACCGCUAUCAAUAUAUGCCGUAGGCGCAGACUGGAAAUUGACUCGUAA